UCAGUCCUCUCCGGUCGAAUUGGAAGCCGCCAUUCCCGUUGUGUUUUCCCAGCUGUUGUUGUGGACCCCGCGUUCGGGUCGGUCUGCAUGUGCGCUAUCCGUUGUUGACGCCAGCCAUUCUUCAUCGGGCUUGUCAUCUGUCCAGGCUCCGAAUUUUUCAGUGUGUGAGGAGGACAGGAGAAAGGGGAGGAGGAGGCACAGAGGGAGGGUAUGUUGUCUGCAACUUGGAGAGUGUUUCACCACCUCCAGAGGCUUCGACAACGCUGAGAGGGAGAAGGACAAGGUAAUUGCGGAACAGAGCCGUCCAGGUCGAGGAGGAGAAAGGGUUACGUCGACAUCCCACGAUCUCCUUCCUACCUCUGCGCUCGCAUCAAAGUUUGAUGACGAGAUGCAGACUGCCUGGAUGACUGGAGUAUGGUGUACGGCCGUGAGAGGAUCGGCGAGCACAGCUGCUGCUCUGGAUUUUCCUUCGACUCUUGCGUCUCCCUGUUGAACAACAGGCCACCUUCCUUCAGCCAUGUAGCAGCAACAAGCCCUCAGGAGAAUGUGUGAGGCCGGGUCUGACAGGAAAGGUCCCCUAUAAGAAGAAACCAGCCAAGAAGGAUUGCGGCAAGAAAAUACCAUGCAAACACAGGGCGAGAAGGAAGCGCCUGGAUGAUCUGGACAUCAGAGAGAAAGCUCUGGACAAGGAAGCUCGGGACAAUAAAGUGCACACGAGAAAAGAAAGUACCUGACAAUAUAGCAUCUUUCAAAGAGCUCGCAGCGGGCAAUAAUGCGCCUGACAGGAAAGCAUCUGACAAGACAGGGGCCCCUGACAAGGUCCCUCUCUUCUAGAAUGAGGAACUGUGCUGUCCUUCCCGGUCUUCAGUGAAACAAGAGGCAAAGGAAAUCUUGUUGAGUUUUCUGUGGGUUGGAGACUAACCUCCAUUAUUCUGUCUAUCUGCGGAGGCAAAGGAGAACAAGAUAAGCAAAAGUAAGGACAGGACGAGAGGGUUUCAGCUACACACAUCUAAGUACAAAGUGUGUCUUGUGAAUUGGUAAGGCAAUGCAUUGUGGGGCAAGCGAGAGGUGACGUGAGGGCAAAAGAGCGAAAGGACAAGGACAAAAUUGCAGAAGGGCAAACAGGUAGGGACAGCUUUAGAGGGGAGAAUGGGAGAAUGUGCGAUAGUGUACAUGGGCAAUGUGUGGCAAAUCCAUGGCGCGUUGGAUGCAGGGAUGACUGGAAAGGGAACUAGGAGAGGGUAAACAGAAAGUGGACACCGUGAGUGAACGGGCAACACAAGCGAAGAGUAGUAAGAUCGAGGUAAAGAACGGCUGCAGGUGCACUGAUACUCGUGGGCAAUUAAGCAAGCUAGGGCUUGGGUAAGAAGAGGCACCAGUGAAUUCUUGUGGUCUCCUCCCAUUCACCACCCACCCACAGUCUUCGCUUUGUGCGGUAAUUUUUCUUCUCCCCUAGCUGAACGGCCACAAUGGCACAGGUGGGCUGCUGCUUCUCUCUUUCCUGUUCUGAUGUGUCCCAAAGAGCUCUAACACAUGUCUUAUGCUUGGAGCCCCAUCAAAAGCAACAUCGGCAGAAACAACUGAGGGGAGAAGGGAAACACUACUACCAACAAACAAUGGUCGCGGUUGGAGCGGCUUCUUCAAAAGAGAUUGGAGUUCUUGCCAGGACUAAGAUGCCGCUUGCUGAUCCGAUCGACAGUCUGGGAAGGUGGAGCAGUAGCAGGUGCUCCUUGCGGGUGCCGCCAUCAUCAAAAGAGGGCCGUUCGAUAUCGAAUUGUCGAUGCGGAGGAGGUGAGCAAGCAAUGUGUGUGCAAACCGACUCAUUGGCAAUAGCUGUGCAAACAUUGUCUCUCAAGGGUGGUGGCAGGGGCAGGGGUGUUCUGCCAGAUCGGGCACAGGGAGCAGGGAUUCCCGCCCGUGCUGGAUGUAGGAAGGUUUUGCCUUUUCGGAGAGGUCUGAGUAGUGAAGUUGUGCAUUCUUGUCUGGCCAAUGUUUGGGAGUAUGGUGACCGCAAAGCAGGUCUUCGCUGUGGUGUUGUAGGCACUUGUGGUACCGGCUUGUGUCAACGUAGAGGAAGACGAGGUGUUUGGUUGAUGAAUGGGAUAGGACUGAGGAAGCUUGUGCGGUCUGGUAAAAGACGCAGUCUUGUAUGCCGUGCAAGUGACUCAGAGUCUCCUUCUCCUCCCGACGACUCAGCAAGUAACAAUGGAAGUCCUGCCAAUCCUCCGGCAGCCCCAGGGAAUCCUUCGGCUGCUUCUGAGCAGAAGAUUAACUUCAAAAGCAGGAGGGAGAUGCUUCUAGAAUAUGUCAAGACCGUCCAGCCAGAGUUCAUGGAUCGUUUCAUAAAGCACGCUCCUGAGCAAGUUGUGGACGCGAUGAGGCAGACUGUGACCAAUAUGCUCGGCACUCUUCCGCCACAGUUCUUCGAAGUGACGGUCUCCACGGUCGGCGAAAACCUCGCCCAGUUAAUGUACAGUGUGAUGAUGACUGGGUAUAUGUUCCGCAAUGCAGAGUAUAGAAUGGAGCUGCAGCAAUCUCUGGCAAUGACCGCAUUGCCUGAUCCAGACAGGGGCUCUCGGUUGAGAGGCUUGCAGUACGAACCAGGGGUGCAGAAAUCGAAUGUCAAAGGAGAAGUGCUGAGAUGGCACAAGACAGAUGGACUGGAGAGCAUGGACGUUGUAGAAUACAUUGAGCUGUUAGAGUCAGAGAUUGAUGAGCUCGCAAAGCAAGUUGAAGAAAGCAAGAAGGCGACAGACGGGAAAAACAGCUUGCUCGAGUACUUGAAAUCAUUGCAGCCACAGAACUUUAAGGACCUCACUAGCAGCGCGGGGGAAGAUGCACUCGAAGCCAUGAAUGCAUUCAUCCAGAGACUUCUGGGCGUCUCCGACCCCACAACACUGAAGACAACUGUAUCAGAAACCACGGCCAGUGAGCUUGGAAAGCUCUUGUACUGGCUGAUGGUGGUCGGGUACAGUAUUCGAAACAUCGAAGUGCGAUUCGACAUGGAGAGAGUGCUGGGGAUGCCAGUAUCACCACUUGCAGAACUUCCGCCUGGAGAGUUUUGAAGUCCAUCGUCUAGCGCACACAUGUUCCUUCUGUCUCCUGUCUUUUCUCCAAAGCACCUCCCGUUCUUGUUUCUUUGUUAUCCUUCUUGCAGUCCACAAUUCCUUUUGUCUUUGAUCUUCGGCAAUCUUCUUCGCAGCUUUUUUGCAAAGCACUGAUCCCUUUCGUGGUCCAUAAAUCCUUAGCCGUUGACCUUCUACAAUCUUCUUGGCAACGUAUCCGCGACAGCAAGUUGGUACGACUUGCUUGCAGAUUGGCAAAGUCUCAAACCGCCUCUACCUCCUUGAAAAUCAUGGCCAAUCCUGGCAUACAGGAAGAAAGAACUGUGGCCAUUGGAUCGUCAAUCCAAUGGACUAGCUGAAGAAGGGGGGUAGGGUGAGCCUCUUCCUGGGAACAAUUGGGGGGGUUCUGAAAGGUACUUCUGGUCGAAUCACUCGCAGGGAAGUGGAUGGGGAUGACUGCCAGACGAGAUGUAAAUGCUUUCAACUCUGAUGUACCUUGUGCUGUCGUGUGUGGCAGAAGAAAUAAAAUUGCUCUUAGUUUCUGACACCAGUUUUUAUGCUUUGCAUUUUAACAUUUUGCAGGUUAGCAUUCAGCUUUUUUGACGUUUUCCCCUUCCCUAGUGUAGUCUUUAUAUUCUAAUCACUUGCAGAGUGACAGUUCCUCUACUAGCCUGUAGAGGGUAGCCGUAGCGUGCACACCCACACUAGAUAGAGAACCCUAACUUCGAAGGGCACCUGCACUAGAACUUUACAGGAUGUAACUGGCUGCAAUCGAAGCCAGGUGAAGGUAAAAGAGUCCUACUGUGUGUAGCCUGAGCAGUGCCGAAGGUCAAAUUUCCAGAUCUGAGUAGUCUGAGUUUGUGGCUGUCUGUGAGGAGCUGCUACUUGUUUAGAGAUCCCCUGAUGAGGCAGUGGUUUGCUCAGAUGAACAGACAAAUAGAUCAUGUGGUCUAUUCUCUCCCUAGCUAGCAAUUGUGCUUGAAAAGGGUCUUACAAAGCAAGGAGCGAAUUGCAUCAGCCUUUGAUGGUUUCCAUGCCAUCUCAUGCCACACCGGUGUGCAUGGAGAGAAUUGACUUUGCUGACAAGCCUGCUUGUCCUUGAAGUGUCCCUGAAGUUGGCUGAAGCCUCUUUUUUCUGUGGAGGAUUUCUUCUCAUGCUGUGUUCAAAAUGAACUGGUGCAGUGCUC